AUGACUAAAAAGCCAGGACAUACGCGUUUCUUUUAUACGAUAGUGCGCUGUUACUUUUUCCUCCUUUUUCAGCUCUUCUCAACGCUUUCAAACAGACCACCGCCACCGCUUGCCCCAAAUCCACCGCUUGCUUCUCCACCAGUUCACCCAGACCACCGCCACCACUUCACCCAAAUCCGACGAAGGGCGCCACAACAAACGUGCCAAUCUUCCUGCACCACCGGUCUCCGCAACCUUUUCCAAAACCCGCUUGACCAAAGGCACGAGGCUAGGAGAGAGUUUUCGUCUGCACCAAUAAGUAAAAUAUUUGAUAUUUUCACUCUGGAGACUGUGGAUACCAUCUGUGUAGCCAUUAUAGGGUUCAUAACCCAGCAGAACACAUCUAAAACGGGAUUCCUUCUGAGAACAAGAUAUAGCAAAAGAAAUCAGGCGACACAAGACGAUCAUACUUCUGACUUUUCAGAUGGAAUAGAAAUGUUCAAUGAAAAUGUUUGUCAUGCUGAUAAUGCACAUAUGUUGCUUGAAAGCUCUUUCGCGCAAAGUUUGGUCAUGCAACAAAAGUGUGACUUUCGCACUUCUGAAAUGGCUGCUCUUAAAAAAAUUUCACAAGCCCAAAACAAAAGACAAAAAGAAAAAAAAAAUUGAACACGUUUCUUGUAGUGAUUUGAAUACAAUUGAAACAACUGAAGAUGAUAUCGAGUUUGACAAUGGCUGCUUUUAAAUUAUCAUGUUUUUUUCUACUGCUGAUAGUUCACAUCUCUGUCUUUACCCAUGCCACAUUUUUUUUUUUUAGGGAACUUUAACGAAAAGCUUCUGGUAGUG